AUGAAUCCUUCACUCUUUCCUUCAAAAAUCCUUUCCAUUCCCUUCAUCACCAUCACCAUCUUCAUACUUAUUACAACAGUCUUUUCCUCAACUAAAACAAUCUCCUAUUCCGAUCACUGCAAUUCCUUCGUCCCCGAAGCCAUUCCGACCACCAUCACAUACACCCGAUUCCCAUUUCUCGAAACCAUAACCAGUCAUUACACUGGCGCCAAAAACAUUCUCGACCAAGAUUCACUCUCACAUAGUUAUAUCCAUUUUAAACCCAAAGAUUAUAACAUCUUCAAAACAAACACCUCCAACACAUACAAAACCCAAGCUCAAUUAACUUUCGUUCCACCAAGUAUAUACCAUUUCCAAUCAUACCAUUCACGAUUUUAUCGUCCAUUGGUGUUUAACUUAGAUGGGUUCUUGUCAGUUUCCACGAAUAAGCUUUGUAUGGUUGGAUCCGCAAAUUGGUUUUCCAAAAAAGGUAAACGUCUGAAACUUGAUGGUGUUCUUAAGCUUAAUUUACCUAGGCUAAUGAAUUUGAAUACUAGCUUAGUCAGUGGAACCUUGGAAAGUUUAGCUUCCCCUCAUGAUUCAGAUUAUUUUGAGCCGAUUUCAAUGAUGGGAUUCCCUCAAGUAUCUCAGUUCAAAUACAAAUAUUCUUUGGUUUCCAAUGAAGAUUGUAAUGGGGCAAACGCAGUUGAACAUCCAGUAGCUAGUCUGGAUUCUUUAGACUUAUGUUCAAAGUUCACAUAUCGAUUCCUGAUUUACCAGAUGGAAAGUCAACGUAGGGGGUACCCGUUUUUAUCGUUGUAUGGGUUUCAGUGUUCAGUGGAAGAGAAAAAGUUACGUUUUUUAGUAGAAUUUCAAAACACAAGUAAUACCCGUUGGGAUAAAUCUUUCAAUCCAAAUGUAACGUUAAUUGGAGAUGCAACAUGGAAUGGGCCAAAAGAAGAGCUUUGUAUAGUCGCAUGUCAUAUCUUGAAUCAAACUGACCCUUUGGGAAGUGCUCAUGUCGGAGAUUGUUCGAUCAGGUUGACCUUAUAUUUCCCUGAAGUUCGAUCAAUCAUGAACACACAUACCACCGAAGGUCAAAUUUGGUCAACCAAGAAAGCGGAUGAUGUCGGGUACUAUGAACCAAUCAAGUUUCAAAGCUUUGAUCAUAGUUCGGAGUAUUACGGAUCAAUGUAUGAGUUCACAAAAUUACAGAAAGUAAGACAAGUUUGCCCUCAAACAAACGUUGGUAAAAGGGAAGGGGUUGAGUACCCAUCAGGGUAUAAUGGGGAUAUGAGUUUCGACAUGUCUGUCAAGUACAGAAACAUGGAUUCCAUUGGUUCUGCAAUUCCGAUCUUUGUAAGGGAGCAGUUCUACCACUCGUAUGACGCUUUCGAUUCAAAUUUUGGUUCAUGGCAGGACCCCACCAGUUACACCGGUCCCAUGAACAUCAGCUAUGAGAUUAGCUUCCGAAUGUUUGCUAAUUUAACGUCGGAAUCGGGAAGCGGGAUUUCGUCGUUAUUCUCAACCAACAAUGGUAGAGUUGAGAUAUCUGCAGAAGGGUUUUAUGAUAAUGAAACCGGAAGACUUUGUAUGGUUGGGUGUCGGAAUCUACCUUCUUCUGGGAAGAAUUCAGAAAAUGAAUCUUUCGAUUGCGAGAUUCUGGUGCAAUUCCAAUUCCCGAGUACUAAUGGCAAUAAUGGAAGUUUUUUAAUCAGGGGAAGCAUAGAAAGCUUACGUGAAAAGACAGAUGUUUUGUAUUUCGAAAGUCUAAAUGUUGUUUCUCUCACUUACACUAAACUCGAAGCCAUGGAAUCGAUAUGGAGAAUGGAUUUGGAAAUUAUACUGGACUUGAUUUCUGUGUUGAAUUUCGAGGCAAUGUUUUCAGAGACUCCUUAUCUUCAAAACAUUCAACUCGAGGGUAGUGGUGGAUUGCUUGAGGUGAAUAAAGUCAUUGUUAGGAUAGUUACAAUGGUAGCUUUCACUUUGCAAUUCCGUCUCCUCCAAUUGACAUGGUCUAAAAAAUCUGGGAAUGACAAUAAUGGAAAGGGAAAGAGUCAUUGGAAUCAUGAGAUAUGGACUCUGGUCAUCUGUUUACCAGUUUAUAUUGUUGGUGGGUUGAUGAUGUUUCUAGUGAAUUGGAAGAACGAUGAGUACUUUAUCUCAAGUAAUCGAUCAAUCUGGGGUGAUCUGAGGUCUUAUGCAGGGUUAACACUAGACGGAUUCCUAUUCCCACAGAUCGUACUUAACAUGUUUAAGAUUUCAAAAGGGAAUGCUCUGUCUUAUUUGUUUUACAUAGGGAACACUUUUGUUCGAACACUACCUCACGCCUAUGAUAUUUAUAGGAGUCAAAAAAACAUAAGUCACCAGUUUCAUCAGUUCUAUCUAUAUGCAAACCCAAGAGCAGAUUUCUAUUCACCUUCUUGGGAUGUUUUCAUUGCUUGCGAAGGUAUUGUGUUUGCACUGAUCGUCUUCUUGCAGCAACGUUUUGGUGGUCGAUUUAUGUUUCCAAAAAGAUUCCAGGACACUUUUGAGUAUGAAAUGGUGCCUAUGAUCAAACUAUCGAACAGUUUGGAAAAGAAAUUGGCUGUUGGAGGAUAUUUGAGAAAUUCAUUCUAG